GGUACAACCGGCCACGGUCGGAUAUCAAUAAGCAAAACUUUGCCAGCUAUCAGUCGGUUUAGUCGAUUGGUUUCCAUUAGGUCUAAUAUUACCACAGUGACCAGUGAUUGAUCCAGUAACAAAACCGUACGAAAUGUUCAGAAUCUCUUCUCGGUGAACCAACGAUACCUCAUCAAUUCAUCAUGUUGCUGAAAACUUUCGCAUUGCUGCUACUGCUGGGUGUGAUGCUAGUCCGAAAUGCACAUGGCCAAAGUCAAUCCAGGUGUAUAUUUAGGAAAACGUGCGUCGAAUGUUUGGAUGCUGAUUACUCCUGUGCUUGGUGUACGGAUGAGAACUACGGUAUGUACAAGCACCGCUGCAUGACUUUCGACGAACUGGUGGCGUCCAACUGCAGCAGCAGCCAAAUCGAGACGAACGCAGAUUUCAGUAAGCUAGAAGUUUUGGAAAACCGACCCCUACGGGACUAUGACCGCGAAAAGCUAGAAGCAUCUCAGAUAAGCCCGCAGCGCUACCGGAUUCACCUGGGGAAGUUGGAAUCCCAUUCGUUCAAGUUCACCUACAAACCGGCCAAGAACUACCCGCUGGAUCUGUAUUACCUGAUGGACCUAACCUGGUCCAUGAAGGACGAUCGGGACACUUUGAUCAACAUGGGUGAUCAACUGGCGAAGGCUCUGGCCAAUCUAACCGAAAACUAUCGGCUGGGUUUUGGAAGUUUCAUCGAUAAGCCCGUCAUGCCAUUCAUCCAAACCGAGAAGGACCGUGUGCUGAACCCCUGUAGCACCGAGCGGGACGUUUGUGAGCCAACGUAUGGGUUUCGUCACAGGCUGGAGAUCACCAAGAACAUCAAUCAGUUCAUUGAGAAGUUGAAGACUAGCAGCGUGUCGGCGAACUUGGACAAUUUGGAGGGGGGUUUGGACGCGUUGAUGCAGGUGUUGGUGUGUGACGAUCGAAUCGGAUGGGGGAAGAAUACGAGGAAGAUAGUUAUUUUGGCUACGAAUGGGCUCAUGCACAUGGCUGGCGAUGGGCUACUGGCUGGAAUAACGGAACGGAAUGAUAAGGAGUGUCAUCUGUCGGCAGAUGGCGAAUACACUGGAACCCUGACGUAUGAUUAUCCAUCUCUGGAGCAAAUUUAUAGAGUUCUGGGUAAAUCGAAAACGGCUGUAAUUUUUGCAGUCACUGACGAACUGAAGGAUUAUUAUUGGUCUAUGCGGGAGUUGAUGUCGGAGUUCACCAGUGUUGGACUGCUGCAGGACGAUUCAUCAAACAUCCUACAGCUGGUCGACACAGGUUACAGGGACUUUGUGAAACGUGUAGAGUUCACAGACAAUGCCCCAGCUUACAUCCAGAUUACCUAUAAGACCGAUUGUGGCGGGGUUUACAAGACACCGCAACCAACGAGUAAAUGUGACAACAUAGAAAUAGGGAAGGAGUAUGAUUUUUUCGUGGAGGUUCGACUGCUGGAUUAUCCGAACGGGGCAGACUCAAACCUGACGGUCAAGAUAGAAGAAACGUUGAUCAGCAAUGAGGGAGUGGAGUUGGAGAUCUUCAUCAGAGAGGCUUGCCAAUGUGAGCUGGAGGAAGCACCAACGGAGGGUAGUGAGAUUUGUGGCGGAAAUGGUGAAUAUUCGUGUGGAAUGUGCCGCUGUCAUGCCGGAUGGGUUGGCAAAAUUUGCGAGUGCGAUUUGCGCAGCUUCGAAAGCAGUGACGACCUGUUAAGGCAAUGCCAGGCGGAGAGCGAAUUCGAUGAACCUGGUCCCAUUUGUUCCGAUAAGGGCGAAUGCCUAUGCGGCCAAUGUAUAUGCAAUCCGGGAUUCGACGGACGCCACUGCGAGUGCAGGGAAUGUAUGCCAUUAUUCGGUAUGAUCUGUAGCGAUCAUGGGGAAUGCGACUGCGGUGCCUGUAAAUGCCAUGAAGGAUGGUCAGGCGAAGAAUGUGACUGCUCAACGGAUGAGGCCACCUGCAAAGCACCACAUAAGGAUCAAAUCUGCUCUGGCCGAGGCGAGUGCAUGUGUGGCAAAUGCAACUGCGACGAAACGUACUUUGGGCCUUACUGCGAAGUAACAGCCGGAUCUGAAUCGGAACUGUGCUCAUUUUAUGAGGAGUGUGUCCGCUGUGCUAUUCACAAGAAGCUGGGAAGGCAAUGUGACUCCAUUGAGGGUGAAUGUAAGUCCAAGCUAGGACUGUACAAGGCCGAGUUCAUCAACACUUUGGGCGAUACUCUGAACUGCACGGCCCGCAUCACAAACGACGGUCAAACGUGUGACUACAAAUACACCUACGAGCUGGAGGAACGCCUCACAGUGCUUAGAAUCAUGGAUCAAGACUGCACCCAAAUCAACAAGGCAACCGCAUUUAUGACCAUUGCAGGGCUGACGCUUCUGUUGGGCCUGAUGUUCGUGGUUGCCUAUAAGGUAAAAACGCAUUUGGAAGAUCAGCGGCUGUACCGGCUCUUCCAGGAGGAACAAAUGAAUCAAACGUCGUACGAAAUGACCAGUCCGCUGUACAAGUCGCCGGUCAGCGAGUUUCAGGUGCCCAAAGAGAUAGCCGACAUUGAGUUGAAGUAAAGGUGACGAGAGUAGAGUGGAAUAAAUUGCGCCUUGCGGUAGACAAUAUGCAGGGUGGGUUAGAGCCAUUCACGAUUGAUUAAGGGAGUGUUAGAGUUCGUAGCCGAUGACUGCUUACAAGCACUCAUUUGCUCUCUUAUCAACUCAAGACGUUUUAAAAGUAAAUUUAAUGUUUUAAUGAUUUUUAUGGAAUUGCCAAAGAGAAAAAUGAAUAAUGAAUUCAUAGUAUCUAUAGUUAAGUA